AUGGAGAAGUUAUAUUAAUUGAGUUUUCUGACCAAAAUAUGGAGAAUAAUCUUAUUGAUCUAAACGAAUAUUACGAUUCAGAUUAUUCUGAGAUGGAGUCCGAAUCUAGUGAUUCUGAAACAGAGUUUGAAUCUAGUGAUUCUGAAGCAAUGAAUGUACCUCUCCUGGUUAUAAGUGGAAUAAUACAAGAUAAUAGCAGAGCUAGUGUUGAGACAAAUAAUAUCGAUUUUAUUCCUAAUCAUUCAUUACUAUCAAUAUGUACUGAUAAGCUCCUCAAGAAAAUAGGUAGUAAAAUUAGCAGAAAAUUAAUACUCGAAGAAAAAGAUAGCAAAUUCAUCAGAGAAGAAGCCACAGCUCUACUUGGAUUGGCCGUAAUCCUACUUAUAUUUAUAUCUAAUAUAAAAGAUAAUAUCCGUCUUAAUAAUAAAAAAUCUAUCAUGAUUCCAACUGAAGUACUGGUUGAUAGAUAUAACUCUACAUUACCUAAUUAUAUAUUGCUUG